CCACAAAUCCAUGAACCGGUCAGCCAAAGCUCCCAACUCCUAGUUAUUUUCGCUCCCACGCAAAGCACCCCGAAACCGCCAUAGCCUUGAAGCUUCCGUUUAAUCGAAUCGGAGUUCCAGCUCCGCCGUCUACCACCGCUCUCUCUCUCCGAUCCCGGCGUUUUGACCUCCCUCCGAUUUUUCUUAUCUGGAAUUUCUGGAAUUGAUUUAGGCGAGCUGAGGGCGGAGUUUCCAAAUUUUAAUUAAUUCGCGAUAUGCCGAUUCGGUGUACUCUGAAUUUCAGAGUUUCGUCGAUCUUUCUUAUUGUUUCGGCAUUCCUGAACUGCGUUGCAGGGGGCGCAGAAUCGGCGGUUGUUACGCUUGAUUCCGUAAUGAUAUACAAGACACACGAGUGGUUGGCCUCCAAACCCACUGUUUAUUUUCAAUGUCAAGGGGGAAACAAAACGAAAUUGCCUGAUGUACAGAAAGAGCAUGUUUUAUACAGCUUCAAUGGUGAAGAAUCUUGGCAGCCAUUGACUGAAUUUGAAAGCAAAAAGUGUAAGCGAUGUGGGUUCUACGAGGAGGACAGCAUAAAAUCUGAUGAUGUAUUCGAGGAGUGGGAGUUUUGUCCAUCUGAUUUUACAGCUCCCGCUGGGAAAUAUGUACGAUUCAACGAAAAAGAGUUCAAUGCCACUUUUAUGUGCUUGCAGUGCACAGCUUAUUCCAAUGUUUCCAGUUCAAGUGCGCCUACGCAUAACAGCGAACAGGGAAUGCAUGUUGCUGCAAUCAUAGUUAUAAGUGCUCUGGUUUCAACUGUGCUAAUUAUCGGUAUCGUGGUUGGUUACAAGUAUUGGCAAAAGAAGAGAAGGGAGCAAGAUCAGGCUAGAUUUCUGAAGCUGUUUGAAGAUGGGGAUGACAUUGAAGAUGAGUUGGGCCUUGGCGAUGUAAUAUGAGGACAGUUUGUGUAAUUCAAGAGAGAGAAAAUUAAUGUACAGUGAUACAUGUUGCACAAUCUUUUUCCUUUUUCUGUCAUUAUUAGAAUAGAUAUAGUUUUAAAUUUUGGCUUCAUUCAUUGAUCACAGGGAGAACUUCCUCUUAAAUGCUAAGAGAUAGAGAGAUAGAAGACAGACCAUUGAGAUGUCUGAAUGAUUUUUUUUGUUUAUUUCUUUGGUGUAUUAAACUGGGGGAAAUUUAUUAUUA